UGACUGGAUCGAUAUCCUCGUGCUGCGGUCGGUGUUGAAGUUUCGUCCUUUGACAGCACAUAUUCAAAUUGAUCAUUCUCCUAUCUCUCUACAGGAUCCUGUGCACCAUGAUUGAUCCAUUAGAAAAUGGCCUGUAUGACAUCCCAGAUUAUGAGCACAUAGAGGACGAGACUUUCCCUCCUUUUCCUCCUCCGUCAUCGCCUGGUCGGCGGGACCUUGGGGAGGAUGCUUUUGGCAAUGGAGAGGGUGAGGAGGAAGGAGAAGUGUCAAAACUAGCAGAAGUGCCAGUGGCAAAAAGACGAACGGUGAAGAGGCCUCGGCCGAAACUGGAUGCUAACAGGUUGAUUUCUGAAAAGGGUCUCCCAGCUCUGCGUACUUUAUAUGAUGAUGUAAAGUUCAAAGGCAAAGGACACGAGGCAGAGAAUCUGAAACUCCUCAUGCAGAAAAUAGAGAACUGGGCCCAUCGCCUAUAUCCUAAAAUGCAGUUUGAAGAGUUCAUUGAUAAAGUAGAGAGUCUGGGAGGCAAAAAAGAAGUUCAGACAUGUCUAAAACGAAUUCGAUUGGACAUGCCAAUAACACAUGAGGACUACGUUGAGGAGGCAGAGGUUCGAGUCCCAGAAGAGUCUGAUCCAGCUGGAGACGGAGUUUUCCCUGAAGAUCCGUUCGUCCAUUCUACUCCUGCUCCAGCCUCUCUCACCGAGGAACAGCAGCGGCGCAUAGAGCUCAACAAACGGCUCGCUCUGGAGAGGAGACUUGCGAAGCAGAAAGAGUUAGAAUCCUCUCAGAACUCCAUCCAGGGAGAUGCAGAUGAACCGUCCACCAGUUCUUCAGGACAGUACCCCAUUCAAGAGAACCGGGAGAUUUUCGAUCAGAGCAUCUCAAACCAAACUCCACUCAAAGAAAAGCCAGCUGUACUUCAGAAUUCCCCUUUAAAGGAUAACGAGGGUGCCAGGCCUGUUCCAAAUGGCAUAGUUGAUGACGACGAUAGCAAUUGAACCAAUCCUCCCUGUUUGUACAAAGAGGACUACAAAUAAAUUGAGGGUGUUUUCGGGA